AUGACAGGAACAUCUUCAAAUGUGUCCGGCCUGAGAUGCCAGCGUUCACCGAAUAAAGCGGAAGCUCCACCGGCAGCGAUUGUGCGGCGAAGUGAAGUGUGUUUUGAACAUGCUAAAUGGAGAAUGACCGAGAGUGACGGUCAAAUCGGCCUAGCCGAUGUGGAAUUACGUGGUUUUGUUUAUGCCAAGACUCAUCGCGAAGAUGAUUCCGGUUCCCACUGGCUCGAAUUAGGUUGGAUUCGUGUUUCCAAUCUGGUACCGGAUUGCUUUCAACGAGUAUGUCAUUUACUAUCCACCACGAUUUGGUUACUUCCGGUGCAGGAAUUACUCUCUCGUACCAAAGGGUAA